AUGAUCCUCCACAAAUACCCCGCUACUUGGGUAGGAGCUACACUGGGUUGUGGGAGAACCUGCCUCUCUUAUCAAGCUGUUCCUGCAGGUCUUGGUCUAGAAUCUCUGUUGCAGGCUUUAAAGAAGGAAGCUGCCAUGAACCCACAGCUGCAAGAAGGUGAAUACUGGCAACAGCAACAUGAACUAGGGAGUGUGCCCUUCCUAGCUGAGCCUCCCCAUGAGAACCAAGCUCUGGCUGCUGCGUUGACAACAGCCUUGGGAGACCCUGAGGCAGAGAAUCCAGCUAAUCCAUCCCAGGCUCUAAUCCAAGGGGGUGAGGAGAUAAUCGAUGAAGCUGUAAGACCUGAUGGGAUGUGUGCUAUCCUCAGCGCUCUCUGGAAGACGGCCAGGGUUAAUGAUAAUGGAGAUUAUAGACCAAUUGAAUUUUCAGAAGCUGAUUACCCACAAGUUGAAUAUCAAAGAAGGCAACAAUUUUGGGACCCUGUCCGGCUAGCUAUUUUCACAUUGGUAAUUGCAGCAAUCAUAGGAAUUACAAUUGGCAUUGUUACUCAUUUUGUUGUUGAGGAUGAUAAGUCAUUUUAUUACCUUGCCUCUUUUCAAGUUACAAACAUAAAAUACAAAGAAAAUUAUGGAAUAAAAACCUCAAAAGAGUUUACACAAAGGAGUAAUCAGAUUGAGAGAUUGAUGUCUAGGAUAUUUCGACGUUCUUCUGGAGCAGGUCGGUUUAUCAAAUCUCAUGUUAUCAAAAUAAGUCCAGAUAAAAAUGGUGUGAACAUUCUUAUAGUGCUCAUGUUUCGAUACCCAUCUACUGGUAUUGCUGAACAAAUCAGGAAAAGAAUUGAGAAUAUUUUAUAUCAAAAUCUGAAGACAAAACAGUUGCCUUUGACUAUAAACACACCAUCAUUUACACUUACAUCUAUCGACAGCAAAAAGAUGAGGAAUCUUCUCAACAGCCGUUGUGGAUUAAGGAUGACAUCAUCAAACAUGCCAUUGCCAGCAUACACUUCUACAGAAAGGAUUGUCCAAGGAAGGGAAACAUCCGUGGAAGGGGAGUGGCCAUGGCAGGCCAGCCUCCAGCUCAAAGGGGCGGGCCAUCAGUGCGGAGCCACCCUCAUCAGUAACACCUGGCUCCUCACAGCUGCUCACUGCUUCCGCAAAAAUAAAGACCCAAGUCAAUGGAUCGCUACUUUUGGUAUCACUAUAACGCCACCCUCAGUACAACGAAAUGUGAGAAAAAUUAUCGUUCAUGAAAAUUACCGAAGAGAAUCAAAUGAAAAUGACAUUGCUUUGGCUCAGCUCACUACCCGAGUUGAGUAUUCAAAUGCAGUCCAGAGAGUUUGCCUCCCAGAUUCAUCUAUAAAGCUGCCACCUAAAACAAGUGUAUUUGUCACAGGGUUUGGGUCCAUUGUCGAUGAUGGACCUACACAAAACAAACUUCGGCAAGCCAGGGUGGAAACCAUAAGCAGUGAUGUGUGUAACAGAAAGGAUGUGUAUGAUGGUCUGAUAACUUCAGGAAUGUUAUGUGCUGGAUUCAUGGAAGGAAAAGUAGAUGCAUGUAAGGGUGAUUCUGGUGGACCUCUGGUUUAUGAGAGUCAUGACAUCUGGUAUAUUAUUGGUAUAGUAAGUUGGGGACAAUCAUGUGCUCUUCCCAAAAAACCUGGAGUCUACACAAAAGUGACUCAGUAUCGAAACUGGAUUGCCUCAAAGACUGGUAUCUAG